AUGGCACGAAACGCCACGUCCUCAACGAGCGACGUCCUCCUCUACUUCCUCGCCCUCUUCCUGCCUCCAAUGUCCGUCUUCCUCAAACGCGGAUGCGCCGCCGACUUCUGGAUCAACAUCUGUCUUUCGAUCCUCGGCUGGAUCCCCGGCGUGCUUCACGCAUGGUGGAUUGUCAGCAAGUACGAGACGCCAGCGCGCCCGAGGCAGCAGGUUGCUGUUGCGCCGGGAGGUGGACCGAUGGUGCAGCAGCGGUACUAG